AUGAACGACAAACUUGAGUCGCCUGUGAUUCCGGAUGGGGACCGAACCGAAUCCCGCUGGUCCUACGUCACGCACUUGGUGAUCAACACCAACAAAGAAAGUGUCUCCCAAAAACGCUACGACGUUGGAGGGGAGCUAGUCGUCCCCAUUUUAAUGGAGGACCCCAGACACCCUUCUGUGUCCACCCGUUCUUCUUUUAUGACCCUCCCCCCCACCCUCCACCCGCUCCUCACCAUUGUCGAGACCACCAAAGAACCCUCGGCCGCGGCCACCGAGGCGGGGGUGCCUUGCUUGUCGGACCGAGGCGGCGGUGAUUGUGAUGAUGAUGAUGAUGAUGAUGAUGGCAUGGUGAUUUCGGGGUUUGGCUCUGGCGAAGCGUUCGACUCUAGCCUGCCCCCGACUGACGACGAAGAUUUUUACACGCCCUUCUCCCUGGUGACAGAUAAGAUCUUGACCACGUCCACCUAUGAAGGCGGCUACAAAGCCCUCGCGCCCAAGUGGGAGGCCAAGGACUUGAGGCCUAGCAAAGCCUCCGAGGCAGGUAGGACUACAGCCGCCUCGCCCCUGCCCGACCCCCGGGGCACGCCGGCGGCGGCGCCUCCCAAGCUGCCCGCCGGGAAAAUGAACAACCGCGAGCUAAAACCCCCGCAGCCGGACGUCGUCCUGCUCCCCCUUCCCACGUCCUUCGACCUGGACGGCACCAAGCCGCGGGGUCCUUACGUCACCUCGCCCAUGCUGCGCACGGUGCCCGCCGCCUUACCCACGGUGCCCGGCGUGGUGCGGCGUGUACCGCCGGGGGCCUCGGAGGUCAUCCGGGAGUCGAGCAGCACCACGGGCAUGGUGGUGGGCAUCGUCUCGGCCGCCGCCCUCUGCAUCCUCAUCCUCCUCUACGCCAUGUACAAGUACAGGAACAGAGACGAGGGCUCCUACCAGGUGGACGAGACGCGCAACUACAUCAGCAACUCGGCGCAGACCAACGGCGCCGUGGUGAAGGACAAGACGCCCGGCGCCGCCGCCGCCACCAAAGCCGGGGGCGCCGCCGCCAACAAGAGACCGAAAGACAAGGACAAGGAGUACUAUGUAUAGAAGUGGUUUCCUUUUGGACAGUACCAUAUUGGCAACUGGGACUUUAAAAAAUACGAACUCAAGACUUUCUGAGUCGGUGGAAAUUUCCACAAACACACACAAAAAAAAAAAAAAAAAACCUCGGCUUGAAAAAGCUGACUUUUCUGGAGAGACAAUGUACUGAGACUCCACAAGGACCUUUGAAGGACACCUGAGACUUUGGACUGAGUGAACCACAACCGCAGUCUCUGUCUGAGGUGUGUGUGUGUGUGUGUGUGUGUGUGUGUGUGUGUCGGAGGUGUGUGUGUGUGUGUGAUUGGUGGGGUUCCUGCCGACCCUCCUUGUCCGUUGUAACAUGUAAAAAAACAAGCGCUGUCAUGGGGAGUUGCAUGUGAGGCGUACGUGACGCGGUGCUGGCGUCUGUCGGGGACGGACCUCAAAGGGACGACGUUUGGAGUACACACGUUUUUUCUCCCACUUUUUAGUGUUUGUUUAUUCAAUUGUUUUCUAAAGAUGGCGGCACACAACACUGUGACUACCCGGCGAGAGGUUUUGUGUUUCACUCCCUCCUGUCCGACCUUCCGAGUGGACGAUUGCGAUCGGAAGGAUUCGUUACGAUCGAUGGGCGUUUUGAACAUCAAACGCAUCUUCUCAAUUGGCGGAGAGUGACUAAAAGGAAGUCUGCGCUUUUAUCCACAAUCUUGUUUUUUAUUUUUGUGCAUUCUAAAUAAUAGGGGUGUCAAACUUUGGUCACCAAACAAUGGGAUCUGAUUCCGAUUUCUGGGGCAAUUCAACAUGAUUCUUGAUUCCAAAUCGAUUCUCGCAAUGUAUUAUUUGGUAUAAUAUUGACCAUGAACAUUUUUCAAAACAGGUUACAGAAGCUCCAUUAAAAAAACAUAUUUUUGUAUUGAUUCUUAUAAAACUUUUUUUUUAAUCAUGAGCUGGUUUGGAGCAAGGUUCUCAAAUUUUACACAUAACUUCAGAGUUAAGCGUAAGUGCUGCCCGCGCAGCGUGGUGAGUUUGAAUCCACACUCACCCACACUACUAUAGAUAAUAAUAAACUACAUCAAAACAAGUGCCGCAAAGCAUGCUGGGAAACAGGAAGCACAAAGAUCAUGUUUAAAAUGUAAUUAAUUUAGAAUCAGGCUGGAUAAGAAUCACGAUUUGGAUGUGAAUCGAUUUUAUUUUUUAAUACUAGGGCUGUGAAUCUUUGGGCACCACGCGCUUCCAUUCGAUUCUUAAGGGGAACGAUUCGAUUCGAACGAUUCUCGAUUCAAAACUAAUACUUUUUUAAUUACAAUGGGUGCCAGGUGUAUGAUUAACUACAUUCCUCCUUAACCUAGAUAAACAGCUCUGAUCAAUUUCUAGAUUACUUAAAAGAAAACUGGUUUUGUUUACUAAAUUUCUACCCAAACAUUUAAUAAAGCCAAAUACAAAUAAGUCAACAAGAGAAGUAUCAGUUUUCUAAAGUAAAUAUGUGCAGCAGAUAUACAUCAUCUACAUCAACAAUAUGAAAAGCACAGAUUUUUAGAAUCGAUUAAAAAUCGUUACAAGUAAGAAUCGCAAUUCAUUCAAUUUUUUUUUUUUAACACCCCUACUAAAUACUGCAAAACUGCUAGCAAAAGGCAGCUAACAAUGCAGCUAAUUCAUCUUAUUAAUAAACUAUUUAAAAAAACCUCCUUUGUACACAUGCUGUAAGUAUUAUGUAACGUACUAACAGGCACAUUCAUAGUAAUAUUUACAGGAGUACUGUGAAAUGAUACAUUUUUUAAAAAUCAGAUUAAUCACACUUUUGAAUUUAGAUUAUUUGUGAUUAAUCACAGUUAAUCACUUGCUUACAUUUUUUUUUAUUUGACCCCGAUGUUUUCAUGCAAAUCCACAUCGUCAGAAUGUCACUGUUUCCUGUUUUAAAUCAGAUUGACAAUUAAUCAGUUUGUUUUUUUACUUGUUCGUAAUCAGAAAGUACAUUUAAUUUGACACAAAUGCAAUUUUAUAGUCAGAAAAAAAAAAUGUUUUACUUGAAUGUAUAUGAUUUAUUCGUUAAAAACCUGGUAACAGUUUUACUGUAUCGACAGUCAUGUCCAAGUAUUUGUUUUUUAACGAAAUUUAGUUUGUGUUUGCAUUGACCUUAUAACUAUUUUUGCGGGUAAUUAACUAAUGUAAAAAAAUCAUCAGAUGAAUCUGCAACUACACAAGAUUAAUGCAAUAUUUUUUUUCUAAAUAAUCACAUGAGUUAACUCAUUAUUUUUGUCUGCCUUAAUUCACAGUAUUUUAGUGAUUUGAAGCAUUACUAUAACUUAUUUCCUAAUUAUGGCAAAAUAUAAGAAAUACGAAAUCAAAACAGAACAGUCACUUAAAAUGUCCGCUCUCACUGGAAUGCUGCCUGAAGGGAUGGUUGUAUAUUUCAGCACAAGUUUGGAGUUUAAAUACAGCAUAAUCCUCACUUCUCAGAUUUAAAAAAAAAAAAAAAAGGAACGAAACAAAUUCUUGUCCAAGUUGAACUUCGAAGUUGACCAAUUUCUGGGUUUGUGGCCACAACCUUCUACUUUAUUAAUUAGAUGCAUGAUUUAUAAUCUAACAUGAACUCUCAACAGCAGUUGAGUAACUAGCUUACCUCUCGCUCGUGACCAAAGAGGCAGUCUGAGUGUGCGUGACCAAAAUUUGCUAAAACUAGUUCCUUGGCAUUAGCUCUUCCAAUAACAAUGUUGCUAAAGUGUGUUUAAUAUGAAGGUUACAUCAUUUAUGUAAAGCAGGUUUUUUUAGAGUGAUUACCUGCAUUGUUAGCCGCCUCUUACUUGCAUUUUUUUUAUUUCCUAUUUAGAACGCACAGAGAAUAGGAAAACAUGUUGUUGUCUCAAGGCUGAAGUUUGGUUCUCCUUUAAGAAUAAAAAUAACAUACUGCUGAUGGAUAUGUGAGAAUGUCUUAAAUUAGUCAAACUCAUUUUAGAUGGGGGCCCACAUGGAGAAAAAUCUACUCCCAAGUGGGCCGGACUGGUAAAAUCCCAGCACGAUAACUUAAAAAUAAAGACAACUUCAGAUUGUUUUCUUUGUUUAAGUAAGAACAAGCACAUUCUGAAAAUGUACAAAUUAUAAUGUUGUUUGGGGUUUCUUCACACUUACAUGUUGCGGUCAAUAGUAAUUUUAUCUUUAUUUGUCGUUAUUUAUAAAUUAUGUGAUAAUGUUCAUCAGUCAACUCAUUGGUGUUUUCAAUCUAUCAAGAUAAAAAAAUUAUAUCAAAAUCAAAUUACAGGAUGUUAUUUAUGUAGUUUGAUCAUUUUCCUCGACUGGUGCACUAACAUCAUGUGGUUUAUUUUUAUUUGUUUACAUAUGUAGCAUCAUCUACAAAGGCACAAAUAAUUGCUAUUGCGACCUCUAGUGGACUUAUUUAGAACAGCAGUUUCUUCCAUUCAAAAGUUUUGGGAAAUUGUUAUACUUUGCAAACUCAUUUUAUAAGAAUAUAUUUAGUUUUUUUUAAAUAAAUUUUCGAAUGAAUUGCGAUUCUUAUGUGAUUCCAAAAAAUCAAAAAUAGAUUUUAUUUUUUUCAAGUUAUGUUUAGUUUUUUUCAAAAAUGUGUCCAGUUAAUUUAUUUAAUGUUUGGGUAGAAUUGUAUUGAACGAAACCAGUUUUGUUGAAGUAAUAUUGAAAUGUAUCAGAGCUGUUUGUCUAUUUUAUGGAGGAAUGUAGUUAAUCAUAGAACUGGCAUCCAAUGAUAAUAAUAAAAAAAAAAGUUUUAAUUUAAUUUUAAUCAAGAAUCGGUACUGAAUCGAAUCGUUACCCCCAAGAAUGGAAUGGAAGUGUGUUGUGCCCAAAGAUUCACAGCCCUGACAAAUAUAUUUGUAUUAGUCAAGACUGCCCGGAGAAAAGAACACAUGAUUUUAAUUUUUUGGCAAAUGUUGGAAUGACAAGAAAACUUGUUCAGUUCUUGUUUGUUUUUUUUCAUCGCUCAAAAAGUCAUGAAAAGAUGGAUUAUGAGGAUUUUAUUACGAUGUUUUCAGAUGUAUUGCCAGCACCUUACUUGACUUCGGGUUUCGUUCUUUGCUCGGCGUCAUCGUUUCGUUGGCUCAGCAUUUUUGUAUUUGAUCUACUUCUUCUGUCAUUGUUACGCGUAUGAUUUUUAUGAUGUUUUUUUUUUUUUUUAAUCUAUUCAUUUGUUCUCACUCCAUUUAAUUGCUGAAGUUAUCCGUUCGGUCAAUGUUCACUUUAAUUUUUUGUGUUGGUACUUGACUCGUCUUCUGCUCCUUUUUUGACUCCGAAUCCAGAAAUUAAAAAAAAAAAAAUGUUGUUCCCAAACUUUUUCUGUGUGUGUGGGUGUCACUUGUGGUUUCUGCGUGUGAGGAGAUGGAGAUGCGGGCAACAAUUGAACAAAACACAAUUUCUCCUCCGACACUUGAACGCUUUCCAAACAGCAGCUGCAUUUCCAUACAAAUGAAAAGCGUGGCGGCGUCGCUAUCAUUUACCGAGGGAUGAUUAUGCAAA